GGUAGUAAACAAAUCCAGGAGUUUUUCGGUCACACAAGCUCGGCCAGUUUUCAUCGUUUACCAGCUAAACUUUGAGAAUUGUUCCUUGGAAAGUUUAACAUGAGUUCAUUCAACACGUUUGAAGUUGUACAUCCACAAGAACGCAUCUACAAUCUCAUACCGAGGGAAGAAGUACACAUAGAAAAGUCGCAAAGGUUUAGGCCAACAGUUGUUCGUGAGAAAAAAAUAACAAAUCCUACAAUGAAGACCAUGGGCCCAGCGAAAGUGGAGGUGCCAUCUCCAGACAAAUACCUCAAGAAACAUUCCAAAGAGCCGAAACUCCCUGAAAGUGAGUUGCUUUCCUGUACCAGGUCGUAUCCACGUUUUGAGAAGCCACCUGUUCCCACGAGAACAGAUCAUCCAACAAUGGGCAUUCACACCAAGAGAGACUUUAUAAGGACAACCACAGUGGUCCCAAAGAAGCCUCAACCUAUCAGCGUAGACACUAACAGAGGACACAAGCAGCCCCUAGAAAACUCUGGUCUUGUCCCUAAGUACAUAAAGAAGAAGGAUUAUGGAGAAGUGCCUGUGUAUUUGCAACAGCGCAAUGAAGAACAGCAGCGAGCUCAGGAGGCGUAUGACAGCUAUGUGAGAGAACAGAAGGAGCAGGGAGCCAUGAAACAACUGUCUGAUGAGGAACGGCAAUCCAUCCUGGAGAGACUGAAGGCAAACUGGGAUAAGCUGCAUCACGAGUACCAGAGUCUAUCGCUUGUCACAGACAUGUUGUCAAAGAAGGCUCACAAAGAGCGACUCGAAGCGGCAAUGAAGCAGCUGGAGACUGACAUCGAGUUCUUCGAGAGGUUCAAAAUACUCUACGUUCCCAAUAAAUAGGUCAUGAAACCUCCUGGACCUUGGUCAAGUGGUGUGACGACGACUAUACUGUACUAUACUGUACAAAGUGGAAGGACAUUGAGAAGGCAGUGGCAGAUAUUCCAACCCAGGCCUUGAUUAGCAACAUUAAAUUAAUGAAGUCACUACAAAACAUGAUUGACCCGAUAAGUUUGCACACAUUGAAUAUGGUUUGAUUGAUCAAGCAACACAAAUUAGAGAGAAAUUUAAAAUGGCUAAGUUGGUUGUAUAUGAUGAUAGAUUUAAACCCAAACUUUAGUGACCAUAAUCAGGGACUGGGAUAGGAAAGGGCUCCAGUCAUGUGUAAAUUAACAACAGAAUGGGAGGGUAAUGAACUUCUAAGAGUUAAAAAUGAGA